ACUGUUAGUUCAACAUGCAAUUCUGUCCAUCUGACAAAAAUGUGGAAAAGUAAAUUGUAAAAAUGGGUGAUAAAAAACAACUGGAUGGGGACGAUGCGGAGGAUGACCGACUGGAAUUUAUUUUAACAUAUUUGACAAAGUCUUACAGACUAAAACAGGAAAAAUGGAACAAGAUGAUUUCCCAGGAGGAAAACAAGAAAUUGAUAUUGAACUUCUUAAACAACCCGGAAGAGAGAAUGCUCAUUUUAACCAUCCCACUUACCGGCCAACUAACCCCAUUAACAAGUUUCACUCCACAAGUAAAACAAAAAUUCACAUAUUUUAUCAGAAAAAAGAAAGAAGUUGUCACUAUGGAAAAUUUUCGAGACAUUUUAUGUUUCGGGGACAUGGCAGGUAGACCAAUAGAAGAGAUGGGAAUUUUAUUGGACGGUGUUUUCGUACCAGUCUUGUCCAAUGUUGAGAAUCAAAAGGGAUGGCCCAAAGUUGUGGCCAAUGAUGUUGUUAAUCAUGUGAGAAGUUUUAAAAACACCGUGGAGCAGGUGACCGGAGCAAUGAAAAGCAUAACCAUAUUGCCGAUUCCUUCAGAAAUGAGAAACGUAUUCGAAGCUGUUCUUGGAUUACAUGAAACCAACGGUGAAGAAGUGGAUUUUGUGCUAAAAAAUGCAUUGGAAAAUGCAGUAAUGAAGUGGUCAACAGUAUGUAACGAAGUUUUAAAUCAAUCAUCAUCUAUAGUUUUUGCUGAUGGCGCUAAUCCUACUCCCACUAACGAAAUCUACUUUUGGAAUUCCAGAAAAAAGAAUUUACAGUCAAUUUAUGAUCAGCUGACUGAUUUAAGGGUACAAAAAGCUGGCGAAUUUUUAGAACUAACAAACAGUUCUUGUUUAGCGAUGUUUAAAACGUUGUAUAAAAAUAUUGUAGCAGCUCUUGUCGAAGCAAGAGAUAUAAGUAUGUAUCUUAAGUGCCUUCAACCGCAUAUCGGAAAUUUUGAAGAAGAUUUCUUUGAGAUAGCUAGUCAUAUAAAUCCACUAUUACAUUGCGUUGGAUUAAUCUGGGCAAAUUCAAGAUACUAUUCUACAAACGACAGAAUAAUUAACUUACUUAAAAUGAUUUCCAAUAUGAUAAUUGCGUCCGCUGAAGUAGCUUUGGACCCUGACAAUAUAUUUCAAGGAGAUACUGAAGAUAUAUAUAGAAAGAUUGUUACCAGUAUCGAGCUUAUUCAACAAUUCAUGGAUUCUUUUGAGUAUGUUAGAGAGAAUUUGGAUUCGUAUUAUGAUACCAUACCAGAUUCGCUUCUUACUGAAGAACCGAUUGUAAGAAAAAGCUGGAACUUUCACAGAAGAGUUGUAUUUCAACGUCUUCUUGACUUUACUGAGCGUUUAAAAAUAUUAAAGGACAUUUUGGGAACUCAACUAGAGUUCAGUAAGCUCGAAAAAGUUGAAAUAGGUGGCAUUAAAGGCCGAUUAUUAAGUCAAAAAGUCGAAGAAGUAUUUGAAGACUUUAAUAAGCUAUAUAAUUUAUUUAAUAAUAUAACCUAUGAAGUACUGGAUCUAAAAGAUGAAGGUAUUUUAGGUGACGCUCAUAAUUUUCAAAGCAGUUGUGCUGAUCUAGACAGACGUUUGGCAGCUAUUUUUUCUCAAGCAUUUGAUGAUUGUUAUAAUCUGGAAGCGGUAUUUAAAUUUAUUAAUGUAGCUGGAGUACUGUUACAAAGAUCGUUAAUAGGAGAAGAGUUAACCGCUAAGUUUCCAGUUAUUAUCGAUAUGUUCCAUAAAGAACUUGAUACAGUAAAACAACUAUACGAUGAAGGGAAGGAAAAGGGAGUACCACUGGAAAAAUAUUAUCCUCCCGUAGCGGGCACUUUACUGUGGAUUAACAAGCUUAGACAAAGAAUUUCAAUUCCAGCUAGUCAAUUUAGAUUAGUAGAGGACAAAAUAGUUCAGUCUGAGCAAGCUGCAUUCGUUUUUCAGAAGUUGGAUGAAAUGUUGGAUAUUUUGGAUAGAGAACAAAGAAGCGUAUUUAGUUCUUGGUGCCAAAACGUCCCCGAUCAAAUAAAAACUAGCAUGUCCAAAUUCCAGUUGGUUAAGGAUAUUAAUCUUCGACUAGAGCUCAACUUUGAUCCGGAACUAGAGGCGAUUUUACGGGAAGUACGAUACAUGAAGUUGCAAAAUAUUCCUGACAUUCCUCAAGAAGCAAUGGACGUCUUCGAUUUGACUAAAACACUUAUGGAUACUAUAGCCAUGCUUAGACGCAUUGUGGAAUGGUAUAAUUAUUUAAAAGUAAAUACCACUCCUAAUGAAUUUAAUUUAAUUGAAGAAGAACUAUCAGAACUAGAUAACAGAUUGAUGAUUUUGAUCAACGAAAAUACUUGGUAUACUAAUGAUCCAAACAUCGUCAGACAAGUAUACGAGUCUACUAAACAACUUACAGAUCGUGUGAAAAAAGCCCAAAUGAACAUAACUAAUCUUAUGGCUGCUAUUACAGAAUGGUCCACUAAACCUUUAUAUGAACGUAAGGACGGCAAGAAAGAAAAUUUGCUGUGCAUCGACGAAAGAGCUGAGCGUUGUCAAAAACGUUACGACCAAAUAACCCAAUGCAGCUUACAGCUAGAAGACGCUCUAAGAGAAAAUUACUUUCUACUUUGUAAUCUGGAACCACUUGAUAAUUUAGCGGAAGAUGAGGAAGAAGAGUCUAUACCACCCGAAGAACCUGUUGUACAGGUUGAAAAAAAGGGCAAGGACAAAAAAGAAUUAACACCCAAAACGAAAGCCAAAACAAAAGUACCACCGCCUCCUAAAAAGACAGACUCACAAAUUGCAAGAGAGCAAGAAGAAGCAAACAAGAUCGAGGAACUUAAAAUGUUACGGGUUAAGAAACAGAUGUUAUGGGAACCUUAUCUAAAAGAUAUUGAUAAUAUGAUAAAGAAUAAACUCUUGUCGGCUAUUAACUUAAAUCUGUUACUCUUUCUACUAGAAACUGGAGAUUCACCUGCGAUGUCGCCAUUUUUGGAAUUAUUGAUGGAACUUCGUGAUCAAAUUAUUGUUUAUGUUCCUUCUGCAGAUAUAACAGACCCGAAAAAUUUUCUUAGUAAUAUGGAGGCAAUAAUUGAAGAUAUAUUUGGUAUGGGAAACUAUCUGAUAAGAGUUGAUCCCGAUGAUACUGAAAGUUUCUACGAGAUAGCAAGAGACAACGAAGAUCUUGAAUUUAAAAAUGUAGAUUUUUGCGGCAGAAUAGUCCUUGGCAUGGAAGCGGCCAUAGAUUACCUAAAGUCUUUUGACCAGUACACUCAUUUGUGGGAAAUAGAUAGAAAUCAGUACUUGCGGGAGUUUCUUCUCUACGCCAGACCAUUGACGAUAGAAGAGCAAGAACAAAUGAAUGAUGAAAAUAAUCCCCAUCCGAUCAAAGAGACCCCUCCUACAAUUGACCAAUUUAAAGAAGAAAUUGAGCGAUAUGAGCAGUUGUAUAAAAAAGUUAGUUUUAAUUAUUUUCUACUUGUUUAUACUACUGAAACUCCACCUUUAGUAAGAGCUCAACUUUUAACAUGGUGGUUACGAUUAGAUAUAAAACCUCUACGUCAAGCGAUUUUAAACACGAUUUGUAAGUGGGGAAUGCUGUUUAAAAACCAUUUAUACAACAAAGUCAUAAACAGUUUAAAUGAAUUGGAAACAUUUAUAGUAGAAGCCAUCGCAGCUAUGCAGGUUACAUUAACUGAAGACGACUAUGAUGGUUUAAUACAUGUAAUGCAGUAUCUUUUUAAAGUUAAAGAGAAACAACCAGAAACUGACGCAAUGUUCGAACCAUUGAAAGAAAUAAUGGAUCUUCUUAAGCAGUAUGGAUUCGAAUUCCCAGAGGAAAUCCACGUUCAGCUACAGGAGAUUCCAGAUAGAUGGAAUCAGUGUAAAAAAGUUGCCGCAGUGACCAAACAAAACGUUGCUCCACUUCAAACCCUACAAGUCGUAUCUAUCAAACGAAGAAUCAACUUGUUUGAGAUCAGACAGUCGAUGUUUCGUGAACAUUUCAAAAAGUUAUCUUUUUAUAAAUGGAAUUGUAAAAAUGUUUACGACUUGUUGGAUAAGAUGAAUAAACAACUGAGUGGUUUGGAAAACGAGAGAGAUACGUUGCAAGAUCAGGCAAACUUAUUCGAGUUGCCGUUCCAAGAAUUCAAACCUCUUAAGCAUGCAAGGAAAGAAAUUCGACAAAUCAAACAAAUGUGGGAUUACGUAAAUGUGGUCAUGUCUUGCAUCGAGGAGUGGAAGGAUACGGCGUGGAAAAAAAUUGAUGUUGAAGGUAUGGAAAUGGAAUGCAAAAAAUUCGGUAAAGAAAUUCGACAGAUGGAUAAAGAGGUAAGAUUCGUCAUGACAGAUGAAACUACACUAAGAGAUUUACUUGCUUUAAAUCUUCAUGAAUAUGAAGAAGACGUAAAAACUAUAGUAGACAAGUCUGUUAAAGAAAUGGCCAUGGAGAAAGUUUUGAAAGAACUAAACGCCACUUGGAAUGUAAUGGAAUUUGAGUUUGAUACGCACGAAAGAACCAAACUGCGUAUACUCAGAAUAGGGGAAGAAAUUGUAGAGACUUUGGAAGAAAAUCAGGUGGCUCUUCAGAAUAUGAUGACUUCUAAGUUUAUAGAUUUCUUUUUGGAUGAAGUAUCGGAGUGGCAAAAGAAGUUAUCAAAUGCUGACCAAGUUAUAAAUGUCUACUUUGAGGUUCAAAGAAAAUGGAUGUACUUGGAAAGUAUUUUCAUUGGUUCCGAAGAUAUACGGAAUCAAUUACCAGAAGAUUCCCGCCGAUUCGAUAAAAUCGAUCGAGAGUUUAAGGAGGUCUUAAGAGAUCUGUCGUCAACUCCGAACAUAGUCAAAUCAACUAAUAAAGCUGGUCUUAUUGAAAAAUUAGAGGCCAUCUUGGCAGAUUUGACGCUGUGCGAGAAGGCAUUAAAUGAUUAUUUAGAGACGAAACGCUUAGCGUUUCCCAGAUUUUAUUUUGUCUCAGCGGCUGAUUUACUUGAUAUUUUGUCCAAUGGUAAUCAACCAGAACUAAUUCAACGUCAUCUAACUAAACUAUUUGAUUCAAUAGGAAGAUUAAUUUUUGAUCAAGGUUCAAAACGUGCAAAAGCAAUGAAGUCAAAAGAAAACGAGGAAAUCGUACCCUUUGUAAAUCUCUGCGAUUGCACUGGAAAGGUAGAAAUAUGGUUAAACAGAGUGAUAGAUGUUAUGCGAGCAACCCUUCACCAACAGUUUAGUGAGUGCGUAAUCACUUAUGACGAAAAACCACGAGAAUUGUGGAUUAACGAUUAUCCUGCGCAGCCGGCUCUUUGCGGAACUCAGAUUUGGUGGACAACCGAAGUAAACUUAGCCUUUGCCAGAUUAGAAGAAGGGUACGAAAGUGCCUUAAAAGACUAUCAAAGAAAACAGAUCAACCAGUUAAAUGCUUUAAUUACGCUUCUAUUGGGAGAUUUAACACCAGGUGAACGACAGAAAAUUAUGACUAUAUGUACGAUAGAUGUGCAUUCCAGAGAUGUUGUCGCAAAAAUGAUUGUAAUGAAAGUUGAGAACGCACAAGCGUUUCAGUGGCAAAGUCAACUGAGGCAUAAAUGGGAUGAGCCAAGAAAGGACUGUUUUGCUAAUAUUUGUGAUGCUGAGUUCAGAUAUUCUUAUGAAUAUUUGGGAAAUACGCCCAGAUUAGUGAUCACACCAUUAACUGACAGAUGCUACAUAACGCUAACUCAAAGUCUUCACUUAAUUAUGGGUGGAGCACCCGCAGGACCUGCUGGUACUGGAAAAACGGAAACAACGAAAGAUCUCGGAAAAGCUCUUGGUAUGAUGGUCUACGUGUUUAACUGUUCUGAACAGAUGGAUUAUAAAUCGAUCGGUAACAUUUACAAAGGUUUAUCUCAGACGGGAUGCUGGGGUUGUUUCGACGAAUUUAACAGAAUAUCUAUUGAAGUAUUAUCCGUCGUUGCAGUUCAAGUCAAAAUCAUACAGGAUGCCAUUAAAGACAAAAAGAAAACAUUUUUUUUCUUAGGAGCAGAAAUAGUGUUGGUUCCUACGAUUGGAUUAUUUAUAACAAUGAAUCCCGGUUAUGCAGGCAGAACUGAACUUCCAGAAAAUCUUAAAGCUCUGUUUAGACCUUGCGCAAUGGUUGUACCCGAUUUUGCUCUAAUUUGUGAGAUUAUGUUGGUAGCUGAGGGUUUUAUGGAAGCUAGACUGUUAGCCAGAAAAUUUAUAACUCUUUAUACUUUGUGUAAAGAGUUACUGAGCAAACAAGAUCACUACGAUUGGGGACUCAGGGCAAUCAAGUCGGUGUUAGUAGUAGCCGGAUCACUUAAGAGAGGAGAUCGUCAAAGACCAGAGGAUCAAGUCCUGAUGCGAGCACUAAGAGACUUUAACAUACCAAAAAUUAUAACCGAUGAUGUUCCGGUUUUUAUGGGCUUAAUUGGCGAUCUAUUUCCUGCACUAGAUGUCCCAAGGAAGCGAGACUUGGACUUUGAAAAAAUGGUUAAAAAAAGUGCAUUGGAUCUUAAGCUUCAACCUGAAGAGGGCUUUAUUUUAAAAAUUGUACAACUCGAAGAACUUUUCGCGGUACGGCAUUCAGUUUUUAUCAUUGGAUUUGCAGGUACUGGCAAAUCGAUGGUAUGGAAAACAUUAAAUAGGACAUACUAUAAUUUAAAGAUGAAACCCGUUUAUAAUGACUUAAAUCCCAAGGCAGUUACUAAUGAUGAAUUGUUUGGCAUAAUAAAUCCUUCCACCAGAGAAUGGAAAGAUGGCUUAUUUUCAGUUAUAAUGAGAGACCAAGCAAACUUAACUGGAGACGGUCCAAAGUGGAUUGUUUUGGAUGGUGAUAUCGAUCCGAUGUGGAUAGAAUCACUAAAUACUCUUAUGGACGACAAUAAGGUACUGACACUAGCGAGCAAUGAACGAAUCGCUUUAACAAAAGCAAUGCGACUUCUCUUCGAAAUAGCAAAUUUACGAACAGCGACACCUGCUACUGUAUCAAGAGCAGGAAUUCUUUAUAUCAAUCCAGCUGAUUUAGGAUGGAAUCCCUUUAUAGCAUCUUGGAUAGAUACUAGAGAAUUCCAGUCCGAAAAGGCAAAUCUAAUGAUUUUAUUUGAUAAGUAUGUGCCACCUUGUUUGGAGCACACUAAAACAAAAUUAAAGAAAAUCACUCCUAUAUCCGAUAUAGCACAUCUUCAGAUGUUGUGUCUGUUAUUAGAUUGUUUCUUAACGCCUGAAAAUGUCCCACAGGACUGUCCAAAGGAUUGGUAUGAAAUUUACUUUGCUUUUUCAGUAGUUUGGGCGUUCGGAUCCUGUCUCUUCCAAGAUCAAAUUAUAGAUUGGCGUAAUGAGUUCAGUAAAUGGUUUACAAAUGAAUUUAAAACAGUUAAAUUUCCAGUAGGCUCAAAUGUAAAUGUUUUUAGCUUUUACAUUGAUGACGAGACCAAGAAAUUUUGUCCGUGGACAGAAUUGGUUGCACCUUUUGAACUAGAUCAUGACAUACCUUUACAGGCCACUUUAGUGAACACAGCAGAAACUACAAGAAUUAGAUUCUUCGUUGAUCAUUUAAUGAGUAAAAGAGCUCCAGUGAUGCUAGUAGGACCAGCUGGCAGUGGCAAGACUGUAAUAGUUCACGAGAAAUUAAAUACGCUGUCUGAAGCAUAUGCCGUUACUAAUGUGCCGUUUAACUUUUACACUACAUCUGAAAUGCUUCAGAGAAUUUUAGAGAAACCUUUAGAAAAGAAAGCUGGCAGAGUAUAUGGUCCACCUGGAAGUAAAAUAAUGAUUUAUUUUGUUGAUGACAUGAACAUGCCAGAAGUAGAUAAAUAUUUUACCGUACAACCUCACACACUGCUGAAACAAUACAUGGAUUACCAACAUUGGUACGACAGGCAAAAACUUACACUCAAAGAUAUCCACAAUGUUCAAUUUAUAUCCUGCAUGAACCCCACUGCAGGUUCUUUCACAAUAGAUCCAAGAUUGCAGCGUCAUUUUUGUGUAUUUUCAUUAGGUUUUCCAGGACAAGAUGCUUGUUUUCACAUUUACAACUCAAUGUUUAGCCAACAUUUGGAAGAUCCGACAAAGAAAUUUGCACCUUUACAUAUGCGACUUUGCGAAGGUAUAGUUUCUGCUGCAUUAGCAUUGCAUUACAAAAUGGCAUCCAAUUUCUUGCCAACAGCUAUUAAGUUUCAUUAUACCUUCACUCUAAGAGAUUUGUCUAAUAUUUUCCAAGGAAUGUUAUUUGCUACUGGAGAUGCUAUUAAAAAUCAAAAUGAUUUGAUAAGACUUUGGAUCCAUGAAGCAAGUAGAGUAUCUAAAGAUAAGUUGGUUGAUCGUGCUGAUCAAAACAAUUUUAAUAAGAUCUUGGUGGAAACAGUCAAGAAAAGUUUUGAAGAGUUAGAUGAAGCUGCGGUAUUUGAAACUCCGUUAAUUUUUUCUCACUUUGCUGAAGGAAUUGGAGAUCCCAAAUAUUUCCCAAUUGUAGAUUUUAAACAACUUAGUCGUUUGCUAACAGACGCUUUAGGUGGUUAUAAUGACCUAGUAGCUGCAAUGAAUUUGGUACUCUUUGAAGAUGCUAUGUACCAUAUUUGUCGUAUUAAUAGAAUUAUGGAAGCUCCUAGAGGAAAUGCGUUACUAGUUGGCGUUGGAGGUUCUGGAAAACAAUCUCUGACUAGAUUAUCUGCUUUUAUUUCGUCAUUCGAAGUUUUUCAAAUACAGUUAAAAAAAGGAUAUUCCAUGACUGAUAUGAAAACCGAUAUCGCUAGCUUAUAUUUAAAAAUUGGCCUAAAAAGCAUAGGAAUUACAUUUCUAAUGACAGAUGCACAAGUUCCAGAAGAAUCUUUUUUGGUAUUAGUGAAUGAUAUGUUAGCUUCAGGAGAAAUCAGUGAUCUAUUACCAGAAGAAGAUGUUGAAAAUGUAAUAAAUGCAAUGAGAGGUGAAGUAAAGGGUAUCGGACUUCAAGAUACCAGAGAAAAUUGCUGGAAAUUUUUUAUUGAUCGUGUUAGAAGAUUGUUAAAACUUGUUUUAUGUUUCUCGCCUGUGGGAUCUACUUUAAGAGUUAGAGCAAGAAAAUUUCCAGCAUUGGUCAACUGUACUUCGAUAGAUUGGUUUCAUGAAUGGCCAAAAGAAGCAUUAGAAUCAGUAUCAGAAAGAUUUUUAGCAGAAAUUGAAGUAUUGCCGAUGGACCUCGUAAAAUCAGUAUCACUCUUUAUGUCUUAUGUACACACGAUAGUUAACGAAUUAUCACAAGUUUAUUUAACAAACGAAAAAAGAUACAAUUAUACUACACCUAAAUCGUUUCUAGAGCAAAUUGAUCUUUAUAGUAAACUGUUGUCAGAGAAGACGGAAUCAGUAAAAAACAAUAUUGUAAGGUUAGAAAAUGGAAUAACCAAAUUGGCUUCCACGUCACUUGAAGUAGAUGCUUUAAAAGAAGUUUUAGCGGUACAAGAAGUAGAACUUUCCGCCAAAAAUGAAGCAGCUUCAAAAUUAAUUACAGUGUUAUCAGCUGAAAAUGAGAAGGUAGCAGCUGAACAAGAGAUAGCCAGUGAAGAGGAAGCAAAGGUAAGAGUAAUAGAAGAAGAUGUAUCUGUCAAAGCUAAAAUUUGUCAAGAAGAUUUAGCUAAAGCCGAACCAGCUUUAAUAGCUGCACAGGAAGCUUUAAAUACACUCAACAAAAACAAUUUAACAGAAUUAAAAUCCUUUGGUUCACCCCCGGAGAUUGUAGUGGAGGUUUGCGCAGCAGUAUUAGUUUUGUUCUCUAAAAAAGGAAAAAUCCCGAGAGAUAGAAGCUGGAAAGACUGCAAGCAAAUGAUGAAUCGAGUAGACGUAUUUCUAAAUGACUUGUUGACUUACGAUAAAGAUAAUAUGUCGCCGGAAGUUGUGAAGGCUACUUUGGAAUAUGUUAAGAAUCCGGAAUUUACACCUGAAAAGGUUGUAACAAAGUCAUUAGCAGCUGCAGGAUUAUGCUCUUGGGUUAUUAAUAUUUUAAAGUAUUAUGAUGUUUUUGUGGUAGUUGAGCCAAAACGAAAGGCCUUAGCUCAAGCUAAUAAGGAACUGAAUGAGGCAAGACAACGACUAGCGGAACUAACUGAUAAAUUAAAUAUCUUGGAACGACAGUUGGCUGUACUUAGGGCUGAUUAUGAUGCAGCCAUUAACGAAAAGUUAAAAUGUCAAGCUGAAGCAGAUGCUACUGCCAACAAAAUAGAUAUUGCAAAUAGACUAGUUGGUGGUCUGGCCUCAGAAAAUGUAAGAUGGCGUCAGCUAAUUGGGGAAUAUAAGGAUUCUAUAAUAACGUUACCUGGAGAUAUACUAUUAGUAUGUGCUUUUAUUUCUUACGUUGGUUGUUUUACCAGAAAGUAUCGUACUGAUAUGUUGCAUAAGUAUUGGAGCCCUUUUCUUACUAAACUUGACGUACCAAUUCCAAUGACAGAAAACCUAGAUCCUCUCAUUUUAUUAACUGAUGAUGCUAAGAUCGCUCAAUGGAAUAACGAGGGUUUGCCUACGGACCGUAUGUCUACAGAAAAUGCUUGCAUUUUAACGAAUUCGGCUCGGUGGCCUUUGAUGAUAGAUCCACAACUCCAAGGUAUUAAAUGGAUAAAGACUAAAUACGGCGAAGAACUAACAGUAACUAGACCUACCCAAAGAAACUAUAUUGAUGUAAUAGAAAAAUGUAUUACUGAUGGAAAGGUAAUCCUUUUGGAAAACAUCGGUGAAACACUAGAUGCUGUACUAGAUAAUGUUCUUGGUAGAGUAUUGAUUAAAAAAGGGACGUGCGUUAAAGUUGGAGAUAAAGAAGUUGAUUUUGAUCCCAACUUCAAAUUAAUUUUACACACGAAGUUAGCUAAUCCUCAUUACAAACCAGAAAUUCAAGCACAGACUACACUGAUUAACUUUACAGUAACCAGAGAUGGUUUGGAGGAACAGUUAUUGGCAGAAGUAGUAAAAGCUGAGCGACCAGAUCUGGACGCUUUAAAAUCAAGUUUAACAAAACAACAAAAUGAUUUUAAAAUAACUCUUAAAACUUGCGAAGAUAAUUUGCUCUAUCGUUUAUCAUCUGCAACAGGUAAUAUAUUAGACGAUAUAGAGUUAGUGCUUAAUUUGGAGACAACGAAAAAAACAGCAAAUGAAAUCGGGGUAAAAAUGGAAGAAGCGAAAGUAACUUCUGUUAAAAUUGAUGAAGCAAGAGAACAAUAUAGACCUUGUGCUGCGAGAGCAUCUCUUUUGUACUUUAUUCUGAACGAUUUAAACAGAAUCAAUGCAAUUUAUCAAUUUUCGCUAAAAGCAUUUAGCGUAGUUUUUAAAGAUGGUUUAAGUAAAGCUCUUUCGGCAGAAAAACUCAAAGAAAGAGUUAUUAGUUUACUAGACAGUAUAACGUUUGCCGUGUUUAUGUAUACCUCUAGAGGAUUGUUUGAAAGGGAUAAGCUAACAUUUACAGCCCAAAUGACAUUCCAAAUACUCCUGCAACUCGAAGAAAUUGAAGCAUCAGAGUUAGACUUUUUAUUGCGUUGUCCUUCAAUACCGAACUUGACAUCCCCCGUAGAUUUUUUAAAUAAUACCAACUGGGGGUCUAUAAAGGCAUUAUCCGCUAUUGAAGAAUUUAAAAAUCUUGAUAAAGACUUAGAAGGCUCGGCCAAACGUUGGAAAAAGUUUGUAGAUAGCGAAUGUCCGGAAAAAGAAAAAUUUCCUGGAGAAUGGAAAAAUAAAAGUACCUUACAAAGACUUUGUAUAAUGCGUUGUUUACGACCUGAUAGAAUGACGUAUGCUAUUAGCGGUUUCAUUGAUGAAAAACUGGGAAAUAAGUAUAUAACCUCGAGAAGUGUUGAGUUUGAAAAAUCCUUUGAAGAAACAAGUUCCCAAACUCCAACGUUUUUUAUUCUAUCUCCUGGUGUAAAUCCACUUAAAGACGUCGAAAAAUUAGGAAGAAAGUUAGGGUUUAUGUUUGAUAAGGGAAAUUUUCACAGCGUAUCUUUAGGACAAGGGCAAGAGAUAGUCGCUGAAAAUGCCAUGGAUGUAGCUGCCGCUGAAGGACACUGGGUUAUAUUACAAAAUAUUCACUUGGUUGUUAAAUGGUUAGCUACGUUAGAAAAGAAAAUGGAACAGUGUGCUGAUACUGGACAUGAAAACUACAGGUUAUAUCUCAGUGCGGAACCAUCAGCCGAUCCUCAAGAAUGUGUUAUACCUCAAGGAAUUUUAGAAUCUUCCAUUAAGAUUACCAACGAACCACCUACGGGAAUGUUUGCCAAUUUACAUAAAGCUUUGGACAACUUCAAUCAAGAAACCCUGGAAAUGUGCAGCAAAGAAGCAGAAUUUAAGGCAAUAUUAUUUUCGCUAUGCUACUUCCACGCAGUCGUUGCCGAGAGACGAAAAUUUGGUCCUCAGGGAUGGAACAGAAAUUAUCCCUUUAAUGUUGGAGAUUUGACUAUAAGCGUCAGCGUGUUGUACAAUUAUUUGGAAAAUAAUAACAGGGUCCCCUGGGAAGAUCUAAGAUAUCUCUUUGGUGAAAUUAUGUAUGGAGGACACAUCACUGACGAUUGGGAUAGAAGACUAUGCAGAAGUUAUUUACUUAACUACAUGCAGCCAGAACUUCUUGAUGGCGAUUUAUUGUAUGCUGAGGGCUUCCAAUGCCCCCCAAAUACCGACUACCUGGGAUAUCACAAGUAUAUAGACUCUAGACUACCACCUGAAAGUCCCUAUCUGUAUGGUUUACAUCCAAAUGCAGAGAUUGGAUUCUUGGCUAGCACUUCAGAUAAUAUGUUUCGAACAAUUUUUGAAAUGCAACCUAGAGAUGCAGGUGCUGCGGCAGGUGCGGGGAUAUCAAGAGAAGAAAAGGUAAGAGGUACGCUUGAGGAAAUUCUUGACAAGUUACCUGAAGCUUUCCCAGUAGCGGACAUGAUGGCAAAAGUAGAAGAUAGAACCCCUUAUAUAAUUGUGGCAUUCCAAGAAUGUGAUCGAAUGAAUACUCUGACAUCUGAAUUGAAAAGGUCAUUACGUGAGCUGGAAUUGGGUCUCAAGGGAGAAUUAACUAUUACAUCUGAUAUGGAGGAGUUAGAUCAAGCUUUGUUCAUGGAUCAAGUACCCGAAUCUUGGUCUGUUAAAGCAUAUCCAAGCUUACUACCUUUAGGUCAAUGGGUGGGAGAUUUAACUCUUCGACUCAAAGAACUAGAAGGCUGGACCACUGAUUUCUCGAUGCCUGCGACCGUUUGGCUGGGAGGAUUUUUCAACCCGCAAUCAUUUUUGACAGCUAUUAUGCAACAAACUGCUCGAAAGAAUGAAUGGCCUUUGGAUAAAAUGUGUCUUAUGACAGACGUCACUAAAAAACAAAAAGAUGAUUUUACUUCAGGCCCUAGAGAAGGUGCUUAUGUAUGCGGACUUUUCAUGGAAGGAGCUAGGUGGGACGUACAACUAAAUAGCAUAGCAGAUGCGAAAUUAAAGGAACUGUUUCCUGUAGUUCCAGUAAUAUUUAUUAAAGCCAUAACUCAGGACAAGCAGGAUCUAAAAAUAUGUACGACUGUCCAGUGUACAAAACAAGAAUGAGAGGACCGACUUUCGUAUGGACAUUCAACUUGAAAACCAAAGAAAAAGCUCUCAAAUGGGUGUUAGCUGGAGUAGCUUUAUUGUUACAGAUUUAAAUUAUAGUUAAUGUUGCUUUAUAGUUAUAUAGUUUAUAUCCAAUAAAGGUUAUAGUUUUGUUAAUUGA